AUGGACACGGCCAACUUACUUUUGCUUGUCCGUCCACGCGAUUUGCGGGACACACUCCGGAUCAAACACUCUUUCGUGACGAUCGAACCUAAGCAGGUCUGCAAGGCCUGGAUUGAAGGUCCAUUUGAUCAGGCCAUCGGUACCAAAGAUAGAACAUCCUGCUAUGACCAUGUGUCUCCCCAUCUCUCGCUCUUCUUCACUACCAGUGACAAUAGUCAGGGGGAAGGCCGCGCAGCAAUCAACAUCAAGUCUGGAGACAAAAGUGACUCGAGGUUAGUGUUUUGGUUGGUGAAGAACUUCGAGAACUUUCAAAAUGAACGACUCCGGGAAUUGAAACCAGGAUUUCAUCUGCUGGAAGGCACUAUGGAGCAAGCCCCCAACGGCCUCGCCCUGGACUACAUUAGAGGCAAUCUGUUCCAUCGAGAAACAGGCAGACUUCUGCCCCAUGACAUUCCUGGACCAGAUAAUGAUAUACUGGAUGAACUUAUCCCGGUGCUGGAUGGCGCAGUCGACCACGACAGCGUGAUUUACAUUUUUGGAUCGCAUUUCAACACUGGCAACGGGAUCCACAAUGUUCACAUGAACCAAGGAAGCCCUAAGAAGUGGAAAAGUGACAACGGCAUCUAUCAGGACGGGGGUAUCCUGCUGGACUUUGGGGAUCACUGGAAGGGGGUAUUCAUCGGGUUCGCAUCCCAGGCCGUGCAUACCGAUGCCGAAGGACAACCUACUCCACCCCGUGGGUAUCUUAGCUGGAAUGAGCUCUUAAACCCUGAAAUCCCGGGGGAGCAACGACAAAGGCGCGAUGUCCAUGAUCGAACAGUUACCAUUAGUGAGGCCAUGAUCCGUCAUCAUGGUUCAGACCCGACAACCAAAUCCGACUCGAUCGUCACUCUCACGAACCGCGCGGACGCGCCCGUGAUACUUAAUGGCUGGAGCGUCCGGAAUCACAAGGGCGAAAACGAAUACCUGCCCGACGGUGCCGUCUUGCGUCGAAGGCGUCGCCAGAGUUUCCAGCUGCACAACUGUGCGCUUUCCGAUGAGGGCGGUACAAUCACGCUGUUGAAUGAGCAGGGACUCAAGGUGGACGAAUCCCCAAGAUGGUCCGAUAUGGAAAUCGAACUAUCCGAGAGAUUAUGUUCGGGAUCCGCGGAGUCCGGGGAGGUUUCCCGUCCAGCAGCCACACAUAUAAGAACGGGGUUCAUUCAUUUAUUCUUCGAGGCCUACUUUGUGAUCCAUCAUGAGACCCUGGCAGGCUCACAGGAGCUAUUCGGCCAGCUAUGGAAGGAGUACUCCCUGUCGGACUCGCGCUAUCUGACAUCGGACGCAUUCCUUGUCACCAUGGAGGCCGUGACUGCUUUCUGCUGGGGACCCCUGGCCUUCUUUAUUGCCUACUGCAUCGCAGUUCGGCAUCCUGCACGCCAUGCCCUCCAGCUUCUGCUCUCCGUUGGCCAGGUCUAUGGCGACGUCCUCUACUAUGCCACUAGUCUGUUUGACCAUUACUUCCACGGAGGAAGCUUCUGUCGGCCCGAGGGUUACUACUUCUGGUUUUAUUACUUUUUCUUCAACUUCAUCUGGAUGGUCAUUGGCUCCUAUUACGCGAAACAAAGUGUAGGGGAGAUAUACAGAGCGUUCAAGAAAGUGCAGCAGUUCGAUUCAUCGAGCAAGAGACAUUAA